AUGAAGGCCCACCAGUUCACCAAUGAGAUUCUCAACAGGAAGCGCAACAACCUGGGUACUGGCCCUGUGACAGGGUUGCCUGCACAAGGCACUGACGAUACACCAGACCACUCUCCAGGGGCAGGCCCUUCAACUGCCCGAACUAUAGUGCAUAUGAUGCAAAAUAUGCUGGAUGACUUGAAUGUCAUGCACCCCGGACUGAGAGAUGAUGUCAGAGCUGCCAAUGAUGAUGGGCCAGGUGAUGGUGGUGGGAGCCCCAGUAGCAGCUCCAGCUCCUCAAGUGACCAACGAGCCAGCCAGGAGCCCAAGAAACAUGACUGGCCGUUGCCUGCACAAGGCAGUUCUGAAGCUGCAGCAGCUGAAGCUGCAGCAGCUGAGGCACUUCCAACAGUUGAGGUUCCUGAAACUUUACCUGUGAUUGCUACACCUCCAAGUGGCCCUGCUGGGUUGCCUGCACAAGGCAUGGCUGGCUCUAUGACCAGCUGGGCCAAUGCAAGUGAAGCUGAACCUCUCUCCCCUGCACCUGCCCCCAAAGCCACAGCUGCCAAGGCUGCAGCUGCCAAGGCUGAGAAGCACCCCCCCCCCAUCCCCAAAGAUGCUGCCAAGAGGAUGCACCGCAAGUUGAAGACUUUGGCAAAGGCUGGCAAGGAUGGCCUGCAAAAGGCUUACAACCAGUGCAGGACUCAUGAUGAGAAAAGGGCUUUCUUUUAUGACAAAUACUUGCUUGAUCCUGAGGUCAGUGAAAAGGCUGUCCUGAAAAAGGACACACAGGAAAGUGUUGUCACUGAGGACAACAUCGAUGAUUGGUUCACUGCUGAGCAAGUAGCCAAAUUCAAAGGCAUCGAGCCUGGAGCUGAACAUUUCAAGGAGCUUGUGAAAGCCUCAGUGAAGGACCUGCCAGAGAGGGACCACGAAGAUGAAAACCUAGCUGCUUUGGGUGUGAAGCAGUACCACUACCAGGCCACCAAAACAAAGACCCAAACCCUCAAGAGAAAGGGCCUGGAACCCAUGGAGCAGGUUGGUGAUGUCAGCACAGAGGAUUUCACAGACAUGAGAGCUGCAAUGAAUCCUGGCACAGGACAAAGAAUGAUUGGCAGCUCCACCUCUAAGCAGCAGAAGGCACUUGAGGACAAGGAGUCUAGCCUGCAUAAGAAGUGCAAAAGCAGUCUUGGCAGCAUGGCGGCUGAGUUGCACAACUGGGACACUUUGCUGGGGAAGAUAGCUGCUUUGCCUGACACCAGUGAAAUGAAGCCUUUGCUGCAAAAGCAAGUGCAGAGCCAGAAGAAGUGCUUGGAGGAUGACAAGAAAAAGUUCCUCACUGAACACUUGGCCUUUCCCAAGACUUGCAAAAACGAGGCUGAUGCGGAAGAGAAGCAGGAUGGCUUGUCUACCCUGGCUGACAGCAUGGCUGCCUUCCUCAAAGGCUGGAAGAAGGAGCUCUCUGCACACAAGAAUUUCCUGGAGCAGGAGGGUUGA